AUGCCUGAAACAGAUAUAAUUCUUUGCCUUCUGGAGUGGACGAAGCUGGCAUCCACACCAGAUUACAGGACGGACAGGUAUGCCUUCUGCUUCCCAAUAGCACGCUGCGAUUAUUACAGAAAAGAAGAAGAAGAAAAAAUAGAAGAGAAGGGUGUUGUGCUUUCUUGGAUGCGCUAUGCAUUAUUAGCACCAACACAGUAUAGGAUACACUGGUUUGACUCACUAUUCGAAUCUACCAGGGAUACGGCAUUGAUGUUCAUGGCGUCUGUGGCCGCAAAUCCCGCCUUGCACCUAUAUCGAUGUGCGUCCAGUUUUUUGCAUUCCUCUUCUUGCAUCUCUAACCAUUUCAACGAUAAAAGCAUAGAGACAGAUUCCACAUCUGAAUUUCCCAUGAUGUUUGCACUUAAUAUGUCGAUCAACAUUAUCACGGUCGGUAUAUGGCUUUUUGCAACCCGAGAUAGGACAGUUGUGUCUCCGGACGACCAGACGAUGACGCCACAGGAGUUAAACCAAAACUAA